AUGGGGAAAAUUUAUUCUAAACCCGCUAAACACUUUCGAAAUAAGAAAGAGAAGGCUAUGUCAAAACCUGAGAUUAAAAAAGAUCAGCUCAUACAUAAUUGUAUGACAAAAAGAAAAUAUUCUGCUUCGUAUGUACUCCCUUUGGAUGACGAUGAAGUUGACAGAAUGACCUUACAACAUUAUCUUUUUCAAAAUGUUUGGAAAAGUAAUUUUUCUUCACCUGUCGCUAGUUUAUUAGAACGUGGUGCGAAAAUGUUGGAUAUAGGAUGUGGUCCAGGAGUUCUUGUUCUUGAACUUGCCAGUAAAUAUCCAAUGUCACAUUUUACGGGAUGCGAUAUAGUCGCAAAUUAUCCCAAUCAGAUUAAACCUGAAAAUAGCACAUUCGUGAAGGGUGAUGUUAUAGAAGGGUUACCUUUUGCUGACAACACAUUUAUGAUGUUUGCAAUAAUGGCAAAAGAUUGGCCACUUGCUAUUAAGGAAAUGAUUAGGGUGACAAAACCAGGAGGAUGGAUCGAAUUAAUGGAAAGAGAUAUUGUUUGGUACAAUGAAAGUGACAAUGUAAAAAAAUGGAGAACAAAAAUUGUUGAUGGAUUAAAAGCAGAAAAAGGAAUUGACAUUAUAAUAAGCCCGCUCAUACCUAAUUAUCUUGCCGCAAAUAAGUCAAUAACUAACAUUUCAAUAGAUGAGAGGGUCGAACCCUUGGGACCAUGGGGUGGUGUUGUGGGUAAAGCUUACUCGGAAAUUAUAUCGUGGGGUGCUAAAAAUCUUUCGGAGGUUGUUGCUGAUAUACAAUUCCAAGAGGGUAGAUAUGAAAUGUUGGUUGAUCUUGCGAUGAAGGAGUUGGAUAGUAAUAAAGCAUUUGACAAAAGUCAUCGUUUUUGGGCCAUGAAAAAAACUGUCUGA